AUGAGUAAUAAUAUGCUGACGUUUGAUUUGUUGACGUUCCAACAUCCUAAUAUAGUUAAUAUUGAUGGCAAGUUCUGGUUUCAUGAAAAGUCUGAAGAAUCGUUUCCGGGUCAAGCUUUUGGCUUAGAAAUUGAUGCGAUAUUAUAUCACACGAAAUCACCAUUCCAGGAUAUCUUAAUAUUCAAGUCUCGAACGUUCGGAAAUGUUCUUGUAUUGAAUGGAAUAGUUCAAUGCACGGAGAGGGAUGAGUUUGCCUAUCAAGAACUUAUAACCCAUUUACCAAUAAUGUCUCACCCAAACCCUAAAAGGGUUCUCGUAAUAGGUGGAGGGGACUGCGGAGUUGUUAGAGAAUUAGUCAAACACUUGGAUCACGGAGUUGAAGAUAUAACCAUGGUUGAAAUAGAUGAUAUGGUUAUUCAGCUUUCUGCAAAAUACUUACCAAACAUGGCGAAAUACCGCAACCACCCUAAGGUUAGUAUUGUAAUCGAUGAUGGUUUCAAGUACCUUAAAUCUCUCGAAUCUCGUGUAGGGGAGAAGUUCGAUGUUAUAAUCACAGACUCUUCGGAUCCCGAGGGCCCUGCAGAAGAGUUCUUUCAAACCAACUACUUCAAGCUCUUACUUAAUGCUCUCCAACCCGAUGGAAUAGUGAUUAUGCAGAGCAGUGAAAACAUUUGGCUUAAUUUGGAUUAUCUUAAAGAGCUUUUUGGUAAGGCUCGCUCUGUUUUCUCAACAGUCGAAUAUUGUCAGUGCUACAUGCCUUCAUAUACUUCUGGACAAUUAGGACUUUUCAUUGCCACGAAUGAUUCAUCGAAAGACUUAAAACGCCCAUUGAGGAAAUUUGCACCCUCAACCGAGGACUCGUUAUUUAAAUAUUACAACAGUACUGUCCAUUCAGCUUCUUUUGUGAUUCCCACUUGGGCAGCAAAUAAACUCGCUAAUUCCUAA